AUGGAUGAUCACGGCGACCAAUUCACUAGUCCUUCUCAGGAUGAAGAGUAUAUCGAAAACCAUGCUCUUUAUCAACAGCCAGACUACCCGGUAGCUUAUGUUUCUAGGCUUCCACCAAGAGUUCAACACCAGGGUCCAGUCGAUAUCCAAGGCUAUGGCACUUUUGAACCUGCUUCUAUUACCGAAACUACCAUCCAACCUGCAUUCCAGGUACAGCCAUAUACGUAUCCGUACACCGAUGGAGUUGUGCAGCACGGCAACCAAACUCAGCAAUAUAACUCCGAAUCUUCGCACCUUAAUCGUCUGACCAUGCCAGCGGGCAUCAUACUUCAGGAAGGUUGGCCGUUGGAAAAUCGCUAUCAGCAACAGGCCACUUACACACCCACAUAUACACCCACGUACGCACCUGUUGGCGACAUCCCUCUUGAACAAGUUGCAGUCAGUCAUGGCCCGACUCAUCAAACUAAUACGCAAAUCAAUGCCUCGUAUGAUGCGGAGGUGAGUUCAAACGUCUGGAGCCCGGGUUUCUGUCAACAUGCAAGUUGCCUUGCAAAGCCUUCAGACAAGCAAAAGAACUACCGAGAAUACUCGGAUUGGCGACGUCAUUGGUUUCGGGUACAUGAAAAGCAACACAAAUGCCUGAUUGAUGGUGCCAUAUUCGGAACGGCCAAAGAUCUCGAACGCCAUAUUGAAGCUAAGCAUCAAACGGGUGCCAAAAGGCAUUACUGUCACAUUGCAGGAUGUCAAGCUCGCGCGAGAGAGUUCAACAGGAAAGACAAGUUUCAAGAGCACAAUGACAAAUGGCAUGGAGCUUAUUGCUGUCCUGUUCCUUACUGCGAUCGAGGACAUAGCAAUGGAUUCAAAGAAAGAGAAUUGUUGAGGGAUCAUAUGCGCACUCGCCAUGAUGCGUGA